AUGGGUCCGUACCAUCGCUGCGGACGUGAACUUUCAGUUGUGAAUGGACUUCUGCAUCGUGGCGAACGUUUAGUGGUCCCACGUACACUAACCUCCAGGCUGCUUGAGAUGGCACACGAGACGCACCCUGGAAUUGUGCGUACAAAGCAGCGACUCAUAGAUUUGUACCGGUGGCCCGGGAUGGAUGCCCAAGUGGAAAAAAUGGUGCACGAUUGCUCUAUCUGUCAGUCUGGCGACAAAUCUGCCAAGGUUGCAUCUGCACCUUUGCACCCAGUAGUAUUCCCAGCUACACCAUGGUCAAAACUGGGAAUGGACAUAGUUGGACCGUUCGAAGACUCUCCUCCUUCGUGCCGUUACGCCAUAACGCUUAUGGGUUACCAUAGCAAGUGGCCAGAAAUUUCAUUUGCGCCCGCUGUUACAGCAUCUACAGUGGAAGCAUUCCUUAUGCACAUAUUCAGUCGCGAAGGCUACCCCGACGAGAUAGUCACAGACAAUGGCCCGCUAUUUGUGUCCACACACUUCAAAGCCUUCCUGCGAGAACGAGGUAUUCAGCACACGACAGUAUCCGUCUACUAUCCACAAGCCAACGGUCAAGUUGAACGUUUCAACAGAGUGCUCAAGGACACCAUACAAGUUGCAACACUACAGCGCAAAGACAUCAAACGCGCAAUCCUUGAGCAUCUCGCGGUAUACAGAAGCACACCGCACGCUACAACAGGUGUCUCGCCAGCAGUGCUUCUGCACGGUCGGAACUUUCGAACGCGCGUCAACGUGGUAGGACUUCAAAAGCCCUCAGCAACACCCGACAUGUCGAGAGUCAAGGCACGUGUGUCGUCAAAACAGAGUAAGCAGAAGGUCUACACCGACGACAAGCGAUCUGCAAGUUUCCGCAAAUCCAUGCCGGGAGACUAUGUUGGAGUGCGCCUACCAGGUCGCCGAAAGAAAGGACGGCCAAAAUUUUCUACACCCUUGAAAAUAAUCGCUUCCCGGGGACCACUAUCUUCUUUGCUGGAAGACGGCAGGAUAUGGCAUUCGUCGAAGUUUACCCCAUUUUAUGGUGAGCUGGGGCCACCAGAAGGCCAAGUACAACCGGACGAACCGUCCUGUUUCGGCUACUCUUGGUGGCCUAUUGACGACAACGCACCGGUUUCGGGCAGUACAUAUGUCUCCCCUCAAGACCAUGCUCCGCACAAAGGCGCAAGAGUACAUCCACUGCCAUCUCUCGAACAGCAGGAGCCGCCUCUACGCAGAAGUACACGACUACGUUCCGCUCCUGUCCGUUACCCGGCAAACGAGAACGACGCACCACAGGACAUUGCCGACGACAGAGUGCACUAA